GCCCAGACAAACCUGUUCUUUUAUCUAAGAUAGUGGCCUUUACUCCACUUUCCAGCCCAAAACCAGAGGCCCAUCGCCAUAAAAACCCAAGUACUUCUGCAGGAACUAUUUCAGGGCACAGCCACAUGCAUGACAGCUGUCACCACGGCCACGAUGGCCACACUCACAGCCACGGGCCGAGAGCAGCAGCGUUUGCCGGGAUGGGUAACCUGUACACGCCAGCCUAUGGGCACCCGGACAAAAGCAUGGAUCAGAUGAUGGAUGUUGUUCAGCAGCCGAAAAAACGGUCACACAUGGACGACAGCAGCAGCUGGGACAUCGUGAAAGCAACACAGUUUGGGAUUCUUGAGCGCUGUAAGGAACUGGUGGAAGCAGGAUAUGACAUCAGGCAGCCGGACAAGGAAAACGUCACCCUUCUGCACUGGGCAGCUAUCAACAACCGCACCGAGUUGGUCAAAUACUAUAUUUCCAAAGGGGCCAUCAUUGAUCAGCUCGGUGGAGAUCUCAACUCGACUCCCCUUCACUGGGCCAUAAGGCAGGGCCACCUCCCCAUGGUGAUCCAGCUGAUGAGAUAUGGAGCAGAUCCUUCAAUCUCAGAUGGAGAAGGUUACCGUGGUCUCCACCUGGCCAUCCUCUUCCAGCACAUGGCUGUAGCUGCUUACCUUAUGGCUAAGGGACAGGAGGUGGAUGGGCCUGACUGUAAUGGACAGACUCCGCUGAUGUUGGCAGCCCAGAAGAUUAUUGGGCCAGAACCCACAAACUUUCUCAUCAAGAACAACGCCUCAGUGAGUGCUGUGGACAAGGUGAACAGGAACACGCCCCUGCAUUGCGCAGUUCUGGCGGGAAAUGUGGAUGCUGCCCACGUGCUGCUGGAGGCUGGAGCAAGUGUGGAGGCAGAAAACAUAAAAGGUCACACGCCCAUUGACCUGGCCCACCAAGUGCACAGCCCGCUGCUGAUCCACAUACUCAACCAUGUCAAACAGGAGAGGAUCCGCUCCAAUUCCCGCUGUGCGCGGAUCGUCAACAGAUAUAGGGCUUUUCUUCACCUCUUGUACUGCAUCGCUGUGUUUGGAAGCGUUGGCGCCAUCUUUGAUUUGAACUCAGAGUCAUGGUUACUCAAAGCAAUCCUGUUGGCCUGUGUCAUCGGCGUAAGCCAGCUGAUCUCAAGGACUUUCCAGAGUUCCAACUUUCAGUCUCUGCUACCAGCUUCAGCUCUGAUGGCUUCAGUUUUCUGGAUGCUCGUCACCUGGUGCCUCUGGUUUCUGCCAGAUGGGCUGAGCAGCACAGUUCAGAUUCUGUUCACUCUGAGUGCCACUGCACUGCUUUACUACUACAUCCGGACCUGCAGGACAGACCCUGGUUUCAUCAGAACAACAGAAGAGAAGAAGAAAAUGAAUGUGGUGGUGUUGGCCGAAGCUGGCUUUUUGGAUCCAAGGGUAUUCUGCACCUCUUGUAUGGUGAGAAAGCCACUGAGGGCUAACCACUGCUUCAGCUGUGACGCCUGUGUGGCAAAGCAGGACCACCACUCUGCCUGGCUUAACACCUGCAUCGGUGCAAGGAACCACCAUUUCUUCAUCCUGUUUCUGCUCUCGCUGGUGUUGACGGGGUGUUGGAUGCUGUUCGGCUGCGUCUCCUACUGGUCCACUCAUUGUUCACUGCACUAUGAGGAUCAGGGCCUGUGGAGCGCGGCCUCAGCUCUGUUCGGCUGCUCUCCUUGGGUCCUCGCCAUCUUCCUGCUCUCUCUUUAUCACACCUGCUGGUCUACCUUGGUCUUGAUGAUCCAACUCUAUCAGAUCGCCUUCCUGGGGAUAACUUCAGCAGAAAUUCCAACUUUAAGGUUCCAACAAAGGAAAUUCAGACCCUCUGCCUCUUUGAAACAAAAUCCUUUCAACAUGGGUGUGGUGCAGAACCUGGUGUCGUUCUUUCAGCUGCGCUGUUGUGGAUUCUGCAAGCCAGUUGUUACGGACUGGACGCAGCAGCAGCACCCGCCGCAGUGUGACCAGUUUUUGUUCGAUCAAGGCAACAUGGUCUGACCUCCUCCCCCCUAUCCCUCAGGGUCAGACUCUGGUUCUGGACCAAAAGCACAGAAUGUAUUUAUUCUUGUACGUGUUGGUUCCUCUCAAAGGGAGGCUGUGGUACUGUGGGAACACAAACCAACAUGUGGACUCUGUCAUUCAGCUGAUCUCUGUACAGACUGCUGCUGCUGCCUUAUACUUGACCGAAGUGAGGAAAGGGAACAUCAGAUCCAUGGCAACGUGGAUGAAUAACCAUUAAAGUCCUAAGCUGUAAUUGAAAGGAUGUGCUGUUUAUAUAUUACAGAAAAUCUAAAGCCUAUUUUUAUCAUCCGUUCUGACAUUUAAAAACAAUCUUUGUAUGUGUACGAUGGUUUUAUCACUUUUGUAAGAGUUGCAUGUGUUUAUUAACAACCACUAUGAUGGUUCAAUAAAGCAACUUUGUGCCUGUUUUUGGA